CUCCAAACAAAGCGUAUCUGGUAUUAGUCUUAUUGACAUCGUAGUUGUGUUAUGGGGCUGGAGCCGCGACCUGCCUAUCCAGCUGGAUUUAUUAUUUGUUGUCUGGUUCUGUUUUUACUAACCGUCGGAGCCGUUUCGUACGAUUAACAUGCUAGUGACUAGGUGUGCUCGCGCGCUGAAUAGCGUACUGUGGCCAGCCCUAGGUUCUACUUCGGUUCGGUUACAAUCCACUAUAGUUCAGGCGACCACCAAUGAUGCCACCGAACACAGCGCCGCCUUAAUGAACUAUGAGUACAAUAUGGAUAUUCUCAAGGAGCCCGAUGCGUUUGCCGUCUCGUCAAUUGUGUCUCUUGAGCAAAUGUUCCUACACCGAAUGCAUCUCGGCCAUAAAAGCUCCAGCGUCAAUCCGCAUAUGCGGCCCUAUAUUUUUGGUAGCCGGUUCGACCAGUUAAUUAUCGACCUUGACAAGAGUAAGCAGCAGAUGAUUAAGGCGCUAAAUUUUGUGGCUCAUAUUGCGUAUCGUGACGGUAUCAUUCUUUUUAUCACGCGUCACCAUCAGACUGCUUUCAAGCAGGUAGAGAAAUGUGCAAAGGAAUGUUCUGAGUAUGCCCACACUCGUCACUGGGUCACUGGAUUAUUUACGAACGCGGCUAACCUAUUUGGAAGUGAGACUCGAUUACCUGAUUGUGCAAUCUUCUUUUCUACCAGAGGAUCUGAAGCGGCCAUAACGGAAUGCGCGAAGAUGUUGAUCCCAACGGUGGGCAUCGUCGAUACAGAUUCCGACCCGCGUCUUAUAUGCUAUCCCGUAGCUGGCAAUGACGAUUCGCCAUCUUCCGUUAGCCUUUAUUGCAAGUACUUCAAGACAGCGAUACUUCGGGGAAAAGAACUACGAAAUAAGCAAAAAACUACUCUGUUCAACGCGGAAAAGUAGAAUAAAAAAGAAAUUAGUUGAGCACAUAUAUAAUACGAAUAUGAGUAAUAACAGUCGUAAUAGAAAAAGGAGCUAUUGAGGAUUAAUAUAAAAGAGGAAGGGGCUGUUUAGUAACAUGAAUCCUUUGAAGUUUGUUGGGCUACCCCUAUCGGGAAGAGAGAUAUGCGUCCUAAUGUACGUACUAUAGUUAAUAAAUGCUUGGGAAAGAUGGUGCAAUUAGGGACGCAAAGUGCAAAAUCUGUGUGCUUGUAUCUGGAUAACGGCGGCGAAAACAGAGCUCAUAAUCUAUCCAAAAAACGUGUUCGCUUUACUGUUAUUUAUUCUUAGAUUAAAAAGAAAUAAAUGGGAAAACAGUACAACAGAUUGAACGACGAUUAUGUAACAUAAGUGUAGGUGUAUUUUAAGAAAUCAAUAAAUGUUUAGAUUCAGGUUCACUUUAAUAUAAACGUGUUCCAUCCAUUAUUAUCGAUUGAAAAUUUCCUUUUUUUCCUACAGAUAUAUAUAUGUGACACUGUAAUGGUUGUCUUUUCUCAGUUUACUUCAUAAUAAACGAUGUCAAUAAUUGUUCAA